AUGGGAUCAGAUCGGAGAUGGAUGUAUGCUAGGUUAAAAGAUGGCCUAUUGACCUCAGAAUUCAUAGAAGGUAUUGAACAAUUUAUAACAUUUGCUAAGCAACAUCCAGAGUGGAUGGAUGGGGAUAAACUGAAGUGUCCAUGUAAUCAUCGAAAGUGUCAGAAUCGUAAUUAUGUUGAUGAGAAUACAAUUCGAUUACAUUUGAUGAAGCAUGGAUUCGUGCGAUAUUAUUAUAAAUGGAUUCUACAUGGGGAACCCCGCACAAGUAAUAUUGAUAGUCAAAACAUAAAUGUUAUGAUAGCGAGUGCUCAAGAGGUUGAUAAUAGCACAAGCAAUACAUAUGAGCAAAUGGUAAUGGAUGCAGCAGGUCCUAAUUUCUUUCAGGAUGUAAUGGAGGAGCCUCCAAAUCCAUCAGCUCAAAAAUUGUAUGACAUGUUACAAGCUGCUAAUCAAGAGGUGUGGCCAGGUUGUGAAAGCCAUUCACAGCUCUCAGUUGUUGCAAGGAUGUUGAACAUCAAGGCAGAACAUCAUUUGUCAGAAAGGUGUUUUGAUGACAUUUGUCAACUUAUGAAAGAGGUGUUCUGGGAUGAAAAUUUAAUGACUGAAAACUUUUACAGUACAAAGAAGUUGGUCCAAGCAUUGGGCCUACCUGUUGAGAAGAUUCAUUGUUGUACUAAUGGAUGUAUGUUAUAUUGGGCUAAAGAUAGUGAGUUAAUGAAUUGCAAAUUUUGUGACCAUCCACGGUUCAAACGACAUAGUCGAGGCUCUUCUAAUUUUCAAACCAAUGUCCCACAUAAGAAAAUGUACUACUUUCCUCUCACACAGAGAUUGCAAAGAUUAUAUGCUUCGAAUGCAACAGCGAAAGAAAUGAGAUGGCACGCUGAGCAUGACCAUGAAGAUGGGGUAAUGCGUCAUUGUUCAGAUGCAACUACAUGGAAGCAUUUUAAUAAAACACACCCUUCAUUUCCUGCUGAGGUUCGGAAUGUAAGGCUAGGACUGUGCACCGAUGGGUUUCAACCAUUCGGUCAGUCUGGACAACAAUAUUCAUCUUGGCCAGUCAUUGUCACUCCUUACAAUUUGCCUCCUUGGUUAUGUAUGAAGGAAGAGUAUAUGUUCCUAACGGUAAUAGUUCCUGGUCCGAGAAACCCAAAAGACAAAUUGGAUGUGUACUUACAGCCCCUUAUUGCAGAGUUGAAACAGUUGUGGGAAGUUGGAGUUGAGACAUAUGAUGCAUCAAAGAAGAAUAAUUUUAAUAUGAAGGUUGCGUUAUUAUGGACAAUAAGUGAUUUCCCUGCAUAUUCAAUGUUAUCCGGUUGGAGCACAAUGAGCAAGACUGCUUGUCCAUAUUGUAGGGGCGAUUCAGAUGCAUUCACAUUGACAAAGGGUGGUAAACAAUCAUGGUUUAACAAUCACCAUAAAUUCUUACUAGCUAACCAUCCUUUCAGACGGAAUAAAAUUGCUUUUAGAAAGAACAAGACAGUUACAAAAAGUGCUCCCCCCAUUCUAUCUGGUGAGGAAAUUUUAGAACAAAUAGAACAUCUAGGAUUAAUGUGUGUCACAGAUAUGGGUGCAGAUGAGAAUAACAGUUGCAAAGCAAAAAACACGGGUUGGAAGAGACGGAGCAUUUUUUGGGAUUUGCCAUAUUGGAGUACUAACAUGCUUCGCCACAACCUGGAUGUCAUGCAUAUAGAGAAAAAUGUAUUUGAAAAUAUUUUUAAUACUGUGAUGAAUGUUGAAGGGAAGACGAAGGACAAUGCAAAAUCAAGGGAAGAUUUGAAAGAGUUUUGUCACCGACCUGAGUUAGAGAGGGAUAUGGCAACAGGAAAGUGUAUAGACAUGCGAAAACUAAAGUUGUUUAGGAUGAAAAGCCAUGAUUGUCAUGUCUUUAUGCAAAGAUUACUCCCAAUAGCAUUUAGGGAAUUGCUUCCAAAAAAUGUGUGGCAAGCAUUGACCGAAUUGAGCAAUUUCUUUAGAGAGUUAACUUCAACAACACUUAGAGAAGAAGCCAUGUUACAGCUCAAUGAAGAGAUUCCUAUAAUAUUAUGUAAACUUGAGCGUAUAUUCCCUCCAAGUUUCUUUGACUCCAUGGAACAUCUCCCAGUGCAUUUGGCUUAUAAAGCAUGGAUUGCUGGUCCUGUGCAAUAUCGGUGGAUGUAUCCAUUUGAGAGGUACCUUAGGAAGUUAAAAAAUAAUGUGAAAAAUAAAGCCAAAGUGGAAGGUUCCAUAUGCAAUGCAUACUUAGUUGAAGAAGCAUCGUCAUUCUGCGCUCAUUAUUUUGAACCCCAUGUCAACACAAGGCAUCGAAAGGUUCCACGCAAUGAUGAUACAGUUGAACAUAUGGAUGAACAUCCAAGGAAUCUAUCAAUUUUCACUCAUUCUGGUAGGCCACUAGGAAAAGGAAAGGUUAGAUAUCUCACAGAACAAGAAUUUCAAGCAGCACAAAUGUACAUCUUGUUGAAUUGUAUAGAAGUAAAACUGUACAUUGAGUAAGUUUUUCUAAUAUUCAAUUAUUAUAAUUGUUGCAAUGCCAUUAUUGAUUCCAAACAUGUAAUUAACUAUUUUCAUUGUGUGCAGCAUUUUUGUUAAUGAGUUACACAUGGCCAAUCCAAAUAUCAAUGAUAAACAAGUUGAUGAGAAACUAGAGCGUGAAUUUGAUAAGUGGUUCAAUAAAUAUGUUCACAAUCCCUCCAACAAUAUAUCAAGCCAGUUUUUAAAGGAUCUAUCAAAGGGUCCAUUAAGAAGUGUUAUGUGCUACAAUAGUUAUGUAGUUAAUGGUUAUAAAUUUCACACUAAAGGUUAUGGUUCGCAUAGGGCAACGAUGAAUAGUGGGGUAUGUAUCAAGGGGACUAAUUACAGUACUAAUGAAAGUGACUACUAUGGACAAUUAAUUGAAGUGCUACGAUUGGAGUACCCUGGAUUACCAAUCAAAAGAACUGUAUUGUUUAAAUGUGAUUGGUUUGAUCCAACACCAAAUGUGGGAACAAAGAUUCAUCCAAAAUAUAAACUUGUGGAUAUUAAUCAUAAAAGAUCCUUCAAUAGGUAUGAACCAUUUGUUCUUGCUAUCCAAGCUGCUCAGGUGAAUUAUUCCAUAUAUCCAAGCUUAAAAC